UUGUCUUUUCUGAAUAUUAACGCCACCUGUGUACAAAAAGUAAAUUGCACCACGACUGUUGCACUUCCUGUUAGGAUGUUGCGUUGAGGCGUGGAUACAUAGUUUUAAAAUGUUUUAAACAACGCUUUCCCAGAAAUGCAUGUGUACUCUGCAUGUCAAUUAAAAUGAUGAAUUUUUAGAUAUUUUGAAAUUUAACGUAAAGUAUUUUAUACCAGAAUACAAAACUCUGUAGCGGGCUUUCACUUUCACUCCCGUUGUCCUCAAGACACCUUCAACCUCCACCAGCCGCCUGUCACAGAAAGAGCGGGCACACCUCCCUUCCAUGACCAGCAGUUGAUACCAUCAGGCUUUAGUUCAUAACCACCAUGUCACCCUUUACUGUGGUGGUCUCUCUCCUGGUUCUGCUGCACUCACCAUUGACAGCUGCCAGACAAAUACACGCAGAUGCAGAUGCAGAUGCCCCUACUCCCACUGCCUCCAAUGGCCAACCCUUCCCAUGGAACAACAUGAGACUUCCAGAUAGUGUCUUACCACUGCACUAUGACCUUCUCAUCCACCCUAACCUAACCAGCCUGGACUUCACAGGAGAAGUGAACAUCAAGAUGGCUGUGCAGACAGACACCCGUGCCAUCGUUCUGCACAGCAAGGACCUCCAGAUUUCCAACGCAGCACUCUUGAAGUCAGAUGGCAGUGUUGAUGGGCCAUUGCAGGCUCUCGAGUAUCCUGCUUUCCAACAGAUUGCACUCCUGUCAGAUGAUGUCUUAUUUAGAGCUGGUAAUGUCUACACUGUUCAUCUGAAGUUUGCAGCCAACCUCUCAGAGAGCUUUCAUGGUUUCUACAAAAGUUCAUACCGCACCAGCAAGGGUGAAGUCAGGUUUGUGGCCUCAACUCAGUUUGAGCCAACUAGCGCCAGAGCUGCCUUCCCUUGCUUUGAUGAGCCUGCCUACAAGUCCAGCUUUUCCAUUAGAAUUCGACGGGAGGGUCGACAUAUUGCUCUCUCCAACAUGCCAAAGAUAAAGACACUGGAGUUGCCAGGUGGCCUAUUGGAAGACCACUUCGAUGUGACUGUGAAGAUGAGCACGUACCUGGUGGCAUACAUUGUGUCUGACUUCCAGUCCAUCAGCAAGACCAGUGAACACGGCAUCAAGAUUUCCAUUUACACUGUCCCUGAGAAAAUUGGCCAGGCUGACUUUGCACUUCACGCUGCAGCUCGACUCCUUGACUUCUAUGAUGAUUACUUUGAUAUACCCUACCCUCUUCCCAAACAGGACCUUGCUGCUAUUCCUGACUUCCAGUCAGGUGCCAUGGAAAACUGGGGUCUAACGACAUACAGGGAAACUGCAUUGCUGUUUGAUCCUGAGAAGUCUUCAGCAUCAGACAAGCUGGGCAUCACUAUGGUUAUUGCCCAUGAGUUGGCACAUCAGUGGUUUGGUAACCUGGUGACCAUGCAGUGGUGGAAUGACCUCUGGCUGAACGAAGGGUUUGCCAAAUUUAUGGAGUUUGUGUCCGUCAACAUCACCCAUCCAGAGCUCCAAGUGGAGGACUAUUUCUUGGGGAAGUGUUUUGAGGCAAUGGAGGUGGACUCUCUACCCUCAUCUCAUCCAGUCUCUACCUCAGUGGAGAACCCAGCCCAAAUCCUAGAGAUGUUUGAUGAUAUGUCUUAUGACAAGGGAGCUUGCAUUUUACACAUGCUGAGAGAUUUCCUCACUCCAAAGGCAUUCAAAUUCGGUAUUGUUCGCUACCUGAAGCGAUACAGCUUCCAGAACACAGUCAAUGGUGAUCUGUGGGAGAGCUUGACUAAUAUCUGUGAGUCUGACAGCAUGGACGAGGGCAGAUUGAAAGGUGAUGGGUCCUGUUCCCGCCCAGGGGCAAAGUCCGGAGCAUCUAAAUGGUACGCAGAGGACGAGCUGGACGUAAAAGCUGUGAUGGAGACCUGGACCCUGCAGGAAGGCUUUCCUCUGGUCACUGUGGAGGUGAAAGGUCGUGAGGUCAGACUGAGUCAGGAGCGCUUCCUGAAGAGUGACAAACCCUCACACACAUCAGAGUUUCUGUGGCAGGUCCCACUCACCUACAUCACCAGCCACUCCUCAACUGUGCAUCGCUUCCUUCUGAAGACCAGGACAGAUGUGCUGUAUCUUCCUGCUGAGGUAGAGUGGAUUAAGUUUAAUGUGGACAUGAGUGGAUACUACAUAGUGCACUAUGACAGUGCUAGCUGGGAUGCCCUCAUAAACCUCUUGCAACGCAACCACACCGCUCUCAGCAGUAACGACCGAGCCAGCCUCAUCAACAACGUCUUCCAGUUGGUCAGUGUUGGGAAGCUCUCACUGGACAGAGCGCUGGACCUCUCCCUGUACCUGAAUAAGGAGACCGAGAUCAUGCCAGUGACACAAGGGCUCAGCGAGCUGGUGCCUCUUUACAAACUCAUGGAGAAGAGAGACAUGCAGGACCUUGAGGAUCAGAUGAAGGGCUACAUUGUGCAGCUCUUCAGAGACCUUAUUGAUCGUCAGGCUUGGAGCGAUGAGGGGUCCUCGUCUCAGAGGAUGCUACGCAGCUACCUGCUACUCUUCGCCUGCGUUCGAGGCCACCCACCCUGUGUUCACAAAGCCACCGAGCUCUUCCAAAAGUGGAAGGAAUCAGAUGGCAAUAUGAGUCUCCCCAAUGACAUCAGCAUGGCUGUGUUUGCCGUCGGAGCCCGCACUGAAGAGGGGUGGGACUUCCUCUUGGAGAAAUACAAACUCAGCCUGUACACGUCACUCAAGAGUCGCAUCAAGUCUGCCCUCACUAUAAGUCCACUCGCUCAUAAGCUGAAAUGGAUAAUGGAGCAGAGUCUGGAAGGAGAGGUGUUGAAGGCUCAGGACUUGCCUUAUGUUGUUUCGUCAGUGAGCAGGAAUCCGAAAGGCUACAAGCACGCAUGGGACUUCCUCCAAGUCAACUGGGACACCCUUGUCAAGAAGUUUGAGCUGGGUUCACAUUCCAUCUCUCACAUGGUCUCUGGAGUGACCAGUCAGUACUCUACCAGGGCCAUGUUGGAUGAAGUGAGUGGAUUCUUUGGUUCUCUGACCGAGGAGAAGGGUGCAGGAAUGAGAUGCAUUCAGCAGGCGUACGAGAACAUCGAGGAGAACAUCAGGUGGAUGGACAAGAACCUUCCUCUAUUGCAAGCUUGGCUGAACCAGCGAGGACUCAAAACCCACAAAAAACGAAUUUAAGAUUCUAUGGUCCCUUCGGUCACGGAUAAUAUGAUGUGGCGCAUCAUCAUCAUUGUGAAAUUUGUUUAGGAGCAUUGUAUUUUGAACCUCUCCGUGAGAGUGCCAAAGUAUGAUGAGCAUUGGAGUAUAUUUAAAUGUAGGAUAGGAACUUUUGUGUAAAAUUGACUCCACUUCUAAUCCUAUUUGAGCCAUCCCACAACAAGUGGAUAUAAAGUUCCACUUUUCAGUUAUCACAUAUUAACAGCUGUUUUGACCAGAGGUCACCGUCGCAAACUUAAGUUUAAAUCACUUUACAGAAAUAAUGAAAUUGUUCAAGCAAGACAUUAAGUGUUGUCUUGAUCAAGUGGUGCAGCUAUUGUUUAAGUUUAAUUUUGCAUCAAGUUCUCCAACCAACAGUGGUGUUGUCAGAGGAAUCCUUCUUUAUCCUUACUGACCUUUCUCAGGGGUUGGCUUCAAAGCCCAAAACACUGUCUAAUACCCGUGUUGAAAAAGGUCCUGCUGAUAGAUGUUUUGUUUUGAUUCACUCAUUGGUGUGUUGCCUAUAAAGCUUUGCUACUUACGUUUUUAA